UGCUGACGCUGAACCGCCAUUUUUGAGCCGUGCAUGUGGUGUCAUUUCUCUCCAAUCUGAGGCGAUUCCCACCUUACUUCGGCUCCCUAUCAGCUCUGGGCAGUUUUUAAAGACAAGUAAGACCUUUGCUGACCUCCUACUCUCGCUGGGGCGCGAUACCAGAGCUGAAUCUCACCUUAAGCAUGAGGAGGGAGAGAAUGGACAUGGAGAUCAGGAUUCUCCGCGUACCCACAAGUGCGGCGAGUGUGGCAAGCAGUUUCCUUACCUGAGUUAUCUGAGGCGACACAUGCGGACUCACACAGGAGAGAAACCUUACCGAUGUGAGGAAUGUAACGAAAGAUUUAGUCUGCUGAGUAAUCUGAAGAGACACAUGCGGACUCACACAGGUGAGAGACCGUACAGAUGUGAGGAAUGUGGAAGGCAGUUCAGUCUGCUAGAUAGUCUGACGAGUCACAUGCGGACUCACACUGGUGAGAAACCGUACCGUUGCGAGGAGUGUGGCAGAAAGUUCAGUGAGUUUGGUCAUCUGAAGCAGCACAUAAAAACUCACACAGGUGAGAAACCGUUCAGGUGUGAAGAGUGUGGCAGACAAUUCAGUAGGCUGGAUACUCUGAAAAUACACAUGCGGACUCACACAGGUGAAAAGCAGUACAAGUGUAAAGAUUGCAGCAGGCAAUUUAGCAGGCUGGAUACUAUAAAGGAGCACAUGAGAACUCACACUGGUGAGAAACCUUAUAGAUGUGAGGAGUGCAGCAAGCAGUUUAGUCAGCUGCGCGAUCUGAAGGCACACAUCCGGUCUCACACUGGGGAGAAACCGUACAAAUGUGAGGAGUGUAGCAGGCACUUCAACAAGCAGUUUAAAGAGACACAUCGUGCGAACUCACAGAGUGGAGAAACCGAAUAUGUCUUAAACGUACAACAGAAGCUUUCGCCAAGCCUCAUCAGGAUACCUGACGGGUAA